AUUUGAGGCCAUAUAACUGCACAUCGCCUUAACUUCCGCUCAGCUAGCGGACACAAGUGAUUACAAAGAACGUAAAGACAAAUCUGGGAUUACCUGAAACAAGGCAGAGGGAAGAUCUCAUCCAGGUGCUAAUCCGGAAGGCAACAGAGUUCCUUAGACACAUCCGACGCACCCGACGAAGUGUUCACAAGAGCGGCGAUCGAGAGGAAAAAGCGAUGUGGGCCGGACCCGACAGGCGCUGCUUCAGCCUGGUUGUGCUGCUAUGCUGUCUAGCGACGCAUUCGAGCGGCCAGAGGCAGAGGGACUUCUACUCUUCAGUGUCCACUCUCUCUGAUCUGAUCCACCUGGAAAAAGAGGUUAAGGCCAACCUCCUCGAAUACGUCGAACAUCUGAAGUUUGUUCACGACAGCAUCCUCAAUUUCGUCCACGAAAGGCAGCCUUACGAAGAUAUGACGUCACCGUCCGCUGUUUUUGACUACCUGAAGCACCCAGUGCAUGCCUUCCAUAUGACCAAGAGAAUGACCGUCGGCCUAGGGACCAUCGAAUCGCACAUCCAUACCAUGCGACAGUAUGAUCCAUUGGUGAACAUCACGGAAAUGCGCAGACAACGGCUGCUUCCUUGGGACGAGGACUUCAACGGGCUUGCAGCAUCACUUAUCAGACUUCAGGACACGUACUCUUUGAACCUCAAUGAACUGACCAAGGGACACCUCCGCACCGAGAUUCCACGAAACCAAACAGUUCCUGGACGCCUCCCGCUGAGCGCUCGUGACUGCUUCUACAUUAGCCAGGUGGCUAUGCACCAGGGCUUUUAUGACCGUGCCGUGGAAUGGUCCGAGCAAGCGAUAAGCAAGGCCGCCGGCGAGGAACCCCCUACCAUCACCAGACAGGAACUAGACCCUUUUCACGAGUCCGUCAUCAAAAAGCAUGACGAGGUGCUCAGAACCAUGGGAGAAACAGGCAGAAACUGGCAAACAUACGGAGUACCUGUACGAGACCGAACAAAGCGGUCCAUGGAGUUCAAGGCACAGCUCUUCAAUGAGGACCUGCCGCUGGAUCUGGAGACACAGAACUACAAGCGACUUUGCCGAGGAGAACAGCUAAGGACGCCAAAGAUGGACAGUAAGCUGAGGUGUCGCUACUACAAGGGGCAGCAUGGCUUCUUUAAACUACAGCCAAUCAAGGUCGAAGAAGCCAACCUCAAGCCUUAUAUCGUCGUGAUGCAUAACGUCAUUCAGGACAGAGACAUUGAGGAUCUGAUGGCCUUCGCUAAGCCACGGUUGCAACGGUCCACUCACUACGGAGUGCGUGGAAUGGAGGCGUCCCAAGUUCGUACUAGCUCAAAUGCCUGGUUGAACGACAUGGAUGCACCAGUCGCAACCAGACUGAACCGGUUUCUACGUUCUCUCUUAGGUCUUGGUACCACGUACUUGGGUGGCGAAGCGGAGCAGUACCAACUGGCCAAUUACGGGAUUGGAGGGCAGUACAUGUCGCACCACGACUACCUUCAAGACACCUAUCACAUCCCAAACAGAGUGACGGAUGAUUUCGAAAAGACAUCUGGAGACAGAAUAGCAACGCUCAUGGUUUAUAUGAGUGACGUCGAAGAAGGUGGGGCCACAGUCUUUCCGAGCCUCGGCGUAAGGCUGACACCCAAAAAGGGAGACGCAGCAUUCUGGUGGAAUCUGAAGACAAGCGGGGAGGGAGAGAAGCUCACGAAACACGGAGGCUGCCCUGUCCUCUAUGGCUCCAAGUGGAUUGCCAACAAGUGGUUUCGCUCCAACAGCAACAUGUUCCGUCUGCCCUGCCUCAUCGACCAGGAGGCCUCCCUGGGACCCCUCGUCUGACUCCGAACGCUUCGCGCUUUUCUCUACGCCGUGUUCAUACGUCAGCAUUCGGAGGCCGCCAGGCUCUCGAAAAAAAUCGCUCCUUCCAAUAAAGAUCUGUACA